AUUUAAUAUUGCCCUUUCUCAGUUUAAUCUAGUACAAAUUAUAUCUUUUAAACCACGCUCAUGGGCCAGAAGAAAGGCCAUCUUUCUAAAAGCACAAAUCGAAGUUCCGAUACUAAUAUUUGAUAUUUUUCCAUUUUCUCUGGAGCAUCUUCUAUCGACUCACCUAUAACACCUAGCUUCAACAGUCAGACAUAAAAUUCUUUAAAAGUUAAAUUUUCAUACUUAACGAUUGCAAUCUACCAAACAUCAAAAUGCAGAAUAAUCUUAUAAUUAGUGUCACUAGAAGAUAGGAGGAGAUGAUGUCAGCAUAGUUGGGUCUUUCAUGCAUGAAAAUAUAAUAGGAGAUAGUAUAUAUCAUACCUAAUUGAUGCAAUGAUUGCAAGUUAAUAUCUUAGGAGGUAGUGAUACAUAUAUUAUACUUAGUCAUUCCAAUGUUAUUGCAACAUAUACACAUACAAAGGAACCAAAGUUUGAUGUCACACUGUCACAAGAUAAAUAGGAAGAGAUACCUAAAUGGUGCUUCUUAGUAAAAUUAUGGGUUGCUAAAAAUUUAUCAGAGGAAACAUUAGUGUCAUGCCUUCCAUCUCUCCCUCACAUCGUCCCCUAUAUAACCUUUCCAAACGCGAGAGACGUCGUCGUGUCGCGUUGCGUUAAGGCUUGCACUCGUUCUCCUCUCUCUCCGCUCCUCCGCGUCUUCCAAUCUCUCUCUCUCUAUCUCCAAUCCCCCGUCUCUCCGAGGCCGAUUGGGGGAAUCUCGCCAUUGUUCCGAGAUCUCAGCUCUCCGCAGCAAUGGACCUUUCUUCGGGUCUCAGCUCGGUCGCUUGGUUCGAAAGAUCGGAUUUUUUUCAUCUCCGCAGGCCCAGAUCCUUUCAUUUCUAAUGCUUCGAUCGAAAACACGGCAAAGGAAGCUCUUCUUGGUUCGUUUCCUUCUCUGGAUCCUCGGAUUCCAUUUGUUUUUCUCUUUUUGCGAUCUUCCGGUGAAUCCCGAUCGUUCUGAUGCCAAAAGGAAAGCAUUUGAUUCUAUCCGAGAUCCUUUUCCCCAGGGUUUCUCAGUUUCCUUUGCAAGAGACUAGAAUUUCGGGGCGUUUUUUCUAUAAAAAAAGCUCCGAAGAGUUUCGGGGCGAUUUUUCUAUAUAAAAGCCUCCCAAAGAUCGGUUUAUCUCCAUUUGGUUCCUUCCAGGAUUUCCCAUCGGUUUCUCUUCGAAAGUUGAUUCCUUUGAGAUAAUUAGGCUUGGAAACAUACAGAGUCAUGGACAAGGACAACUCCCCAAUCCAUGGCGGAGGUGGCGGCUUGCCACCCCAUUCUUCUCGCUUCUCUGCUUCUUUCGCUGCAUUCUCGAGCAAGUUCCCAGCGCCGGGCGAUCCCUCGCCUUCCUCCUCCUCGCAGCCUAAUCAGGAAUCCUGCCACGACAUCAGCCGCAUGCCGGAUCUCCCACCGAGAAACCCCGGCCACCGCCGAGCGUACUCAGAGAUCCUCGGUCUCCCGGACGACAUCGGCUUCUACAGCGACCUCGGUAUCGUUGGGCUCCAUGAUGACGCCGAUGAGGACUUGUUCUCUGCCUACUUUGACGCCGGAAAGUUUAAUUCUCCUUUUGCCUCAUCUUCGGGCUUGUCGGGCGGCGAGCCUUCCGGCUUGGCGGCAGCUCCUCCUGCUCCUUCGCAGACGGAGAAGUUGGCCUCGGCGGCUUCGAAUGAGAGGCCAGGGGCUAGGCACCAGAAUAGCCAGUCUAUGGAUGGGUCCCCCUCGGUUCUGCUGGGGUCAAGCGGUGAAGGACCGGGACCGACGCCAGCAGAAAUGAAGAAGGCCAUGACGGAUGCAAGGCUUGAUGAUCUUGCUCUCGUCGAUUCAAAGCGAGCAAAGAGGAUUUGGGCAAACAGGCAAUCAGCUGCAAGAUCAAAAGAAAGGAAAAUGCGCUAUAUUGUGGAGCUUGAGCAAAAAGUGCAGAACCUCCAAACAGAUGCUACAACAUUGUCAACUCAAUUAACAAUGCUACAGAGAGACACCAACGGUCUGACUGUAGAAAAUAGUGAGCUGAAGCUGCAGUUGCAGACCAUGGAACAACAGGUUCACUUGCAGGAUGCUUUAAAUGAUGCAUUGCAAGAGGAGGUUCAGCGGCUGAAGUUGGCAACAGGCCAAUUGAUGCCGAAUGGUGGUCCAAUGAUGAAUUUUGGACCACCUUCAUUUGGAGCGAGUCAACAAUUCUACCACCAUAACCAAGCAAUGCAGUCACUCCUGGCAGCCCACCAAUUUCAGCAACUCCACAUCCACUCUCAGCAUCAACGGCAGCUGCAUCCACUUCAGCCUCUGCAGCAGCAGCAGCAGCUGCUGCAUCCCCACCACCACCAGCAGCUGAUGCACCCCCACCAGCAGCAGCAACGACAGCAGCAGCCACCUGUAGACCUGAGGAUGAAGGGUCCAAUGACUUACCAGAACAAAGGAGGGGAGGGCUCAUCAGAUGACAAUAGCAAUCAAAAGGAGUGAUGAAAGAUACUGAUCAUAUAAAUGAUGGUGACCUUCCAAAAUACCAAACACCACUUUUUCUUGGUGUGGCUCGCCAUUUCGGUAAAUAUGUUGUUUCGCAUGAUGAUAUUGUUGGUUCAUGGAUUCAGAAGUUGGCUUGGUGAAGCUAUUUUGGGCUGGCCUGAAUAUAAGUUUGCUUUGUCAAGCAUCUGAAUGGCAUUGAAAGUUGGUGACCUAGUUGGGAACUUAUUUUAUUAAUCACUGUAAUCAUUCUUCUUUCUUGUUUGAUAUGUCGUAUUGAAUUUUUUUUAAAGCCAGCUGUUUGUACUCCAAGGGGUGCUUGAGGCUGUUUCCAUCAAAUGGAGUUUAUCAGCUAUAACCUCCUAUAUUUCAUGAGGGAUAUGACCAUUUGUGACAAUGCCCAGUUCACCUUUACUAUAUUCAUCCCUGCACUCUUUUCAACAAUAGAGAUACUUUCAGGUCAGGUUGGAUUCAAACUCUUCGACAUCAUUUCUUAUAGAACUAUGUAUGGCUUCUGGGUGGCCAACAGUUUGAUGUAUUUGAUCUUCUGCAAUUCACUUAUCCACUGCCAAUGGAGGUUUCCCAUGACGGCAACCCUACAGACCAUUCCAGCUGCCGCCUCACUGUCUGCCUUCCAUUUUAUCCACCUCCAUUUAUCUUGAGCCAAGCAAGUGAAGAGACAUGGUCCAUGUUUGGUUGGGAUGGCUUAUUUCACUGAAUUAGUCAAUUUUAGGGUUGCGAACAGCUUGGCGUCUAGUCAAAUCCAAGCAACACCCAAAUCCAAACUGAAUGACACACAAUUAGGUUUGCAUUUUUCUUAUCAGAUUUGAUUUGGAUGACCCACUAUUAGAUAGUCAAUAAAUUUGAUAAAUUUCAGAAAAUUACUGUUUUCUGUUUUUUUUUUCACUACUUCAUUUUGGCCUAAACAUCCUCUAAAACAGGUACCGGGCAUCCAACACUACUGCAUCUACCAUCUGGAUUUCAUUAUUUUCUUCUAAUGUUACUCAUCUUGUAAUUGUGGAUGGAUGCUUCCCAUGCAGGCCUUUGAAGGAUAUAUAUACGCCAAAAAAACCCUUUUUUAUUUUGUAAAUCUAGUUUCACUUGAUCAAGACCAAUAUUUGUAACAUUCUUCGCAAACUAUACUUUUAAUUAUAUUUAAACUGACAGUUUGUCUGUGAAUCCAAAAGUAAAUUGGCAUGCAAAACAAGAACAUGAAGCAGCCUUUCUGGAGAAAUGAAGUAUGUUUGAUAUAUAAAAUUUCCAUGCAUAUAUGCAUGUACAUCAUUAUCAGAUCAGGUUUUUGUUUCAGACAUAGAUAACACCUAAACCUACCCCAAUAAGCUAUAGGAUAUUGAACUAUCAGAAAUAUUUAACCAGGUUUCGUUUCUGAAUUAUUGGGUAUUACUUAUUGCCCUGCUCAGUUGUCAAAUAAUCCAUGGCUCCAUGUAGUUAAGUUGAUGAACUUGUUCUAUGACAAAGUCUCCUCAAGCCUGCCUUUCCUAUGGACAAGAUGCUUUACAUUACUAACCUGAUCAUUGCUGCUGAAGAUGGGGAUCGAGCACUCGAAAGGCAAGGAGUAUAGCGAUCUUAAUGCCCCCACUUUAUAAUCAUAGAAGCAGGGAGGACCAGGAUGUGGGUCACAGACUGACAGCAGGGAAGGAGAUCAUAAAUUAUCAUGCAAUAAAUAUUAAAGAGCCCUCCCUUUUUUUCUUUCUUUUUACAGAAAAUUGAGAAGGGUGAUAUGAUCGACAUAACCUCGUUUUCCUGUAGCCUCUUAGUUCAUUAAAUAUUCACAAAUCCCUAUCUCAUUGUGAUUCUAGACAUAGCUUUUGAGACUGAAGAUUUGAUGCUAAAUGCCUUGUUUGAUUGCUUGCUUAUUUAUCUCGGCAUGGACAAAACAUCACACCACUUCAUUCCCAAGCUUUUCUGAUAUAAAUCAUCGUAUCAAUACUUAGCCUUCACAAAACAAGGGGUCAACACUAGUACACAUCAUACACUUUCUCUGACUUCUGAUAUCCUAUUAUAGGACAUCAAACUUUGCUGCUGCUUUCCAUUAGAUUGAGGUCAGGCUACUCAUUGUUCAUUAAGAGGCUGAAAGAAGCUUCAUAGGAUCCACAUACUGUCUCUGUUCAAGAAUUAACGCAGCACACUCCAAGGGGGAAGUUCAUAUUCUUGGACUAGGCAAAAAUGCUCACAUUCAUCUCAUAUUCUUGGACUAGCCAAAAAUGCACACAUUCAUCUUCCUAUUUUGGCUUCUAAUUAAUCAGGAAAGAAUAAAAGUGACCUUCCAACAUGCAAAGCUUUAAACACUCUAGUUAUAGAUUCACAAAAAAAUUGAGUAAACAUAAUGCUUUCGUAAUUACAGGAUUUCCAUGCAUAACCAAGAGAAUGUAAUACUGGUUUAGAUUAAUAAAAAUGAACAUUAAUGGGAAAUUUUCGCUGGAUAAUAUUUAUUAGCAAAACCAAAGAAACAGGAAUACAGCAGAACCACUUACUUCUAUUGAUCUUGAAUCUGCAUCUCAUUGUAUUUAAUAGCACCAUCACGAGAGCCAUAGCUGUCUAUUAAGGUGGUGCUUGUGUAAAUAUUGACUCAUCGCCCGAGUCUAGACUGUCUUUGGAUCUGUACUUGUUGAAAAUCAUGUUUACCUGUUAUUUUACAUUAGGUCAUGGAAUUUCAUAGUCCAAAGCAAGUAGGACUAGCUGGUUGGAGAAAACCACAGCAAAAGAUGCCAUGAAGAAAAUAAGGAAACUAGAGAACUUCUAGUAUGGAGAAGAACUUUCUAAUUUCAUAAUUCUAGAACUAGUUGAUUUUCUCAAACAUCUAAAGAGUUUGUACAUGGAAUCAAAAUUCUUUUUCAGAAACAUACAGAUUACAGUUCGCUCUAAAGUUAUAUGCAACCUGGUGGCACAUCCAAAUAAAGUAUUAUUGUGACAGCAGUGAUAUUUAUCUAGUUGCUGAAAAAAGAAGGUUGCUCAAGAAAUAAAACUUAUAGACUUCUUCAUGGUGUCCAGAAGAUCAUCACACAAAAUUCCUGGGCAAGGAAAUUUGAGGUCUUUCAAUUCUUCUAGGUCAUAAGCUUUUAGUAAAAAGAGGUUUACCUGAGAAUACAUUUUGACAACAUAUGAAUCUAACAAUGUGUUUCCACCCAAACACUAAUUGGUCACCAACAAACUACAGCAAAUGGUCAAAGACAUAAUGUUGAUGAAGAUUUGGUCAAUCAUUCGCAUGAUACUUGAAUUAUUUUUGGCCACUUGUCAUUUAUACGAUAGAUAAUAUUUGGGUAGUUAAUUGUUGGAAUUAACUCCUUAAAGGAAAUUAUCAGGAAAAGAGAGGGUUAUUCAUGUAGGCAACCGCUGAUAACCACUAAGAAGGGAGUUUAUCAGGACAAGAAACCAUCCAAAGAGGGUAGUUGUUGCUGGAAAUCACUACCAAUUCGCAUAAUAAUAAGGGAAAGAGGCUUCAUUUGGACACACACUACAGACAUAAAAACUCGACUAUCCAGACGUUGCGGAAGGUUUCUACACAUCGCCUAUGCACCACGAUGAGUGUGAGCUGACUCUGCAUCCAUAACAUGGUCUAAAGUUCUCCAACACAAUAUCCCAUUCUAUCUUGAAGGAGAUCGACCAGGCAUCAAGACAAGUCCGCACCCUAAAUUGUUAUAGAUUUAUAUCCCAUUCUCUAGCACAACAACCGUUCCUCUCUGGACUCAACAUUUUCUCAGUUCCACCUGAAUGACUGACUUUUUGCAGUAGACAGCAUACUGUCAGCCUCCAGCUAGAGUAUGAGUACUACUUGGGAAGAUUCUAUAUAAGUGUUCCAUCUACAUCAAAUCUUUUAUCUAGAUUUACACAAUCAGACAGGCUGACAUGGACAUGCUUAUACAUAGCAUUUCCCCCAUUUUAGGAAAUGAAAUACACGCAGUAACAAGAAGCUCAGAAACUUUAGGCAACACAACUAAGGCUACAAGACUCGACAGUUAAUCUAAAAAUAUAUAUAACCAAGUCAGGGUAUAGUCACAGCAUAAUUAGCUAAAGCUUACUUUAAUUCCUCUGAAAUUCCUUAACCAAGUAUCAGUCAAAAGAAGAAAAUGUGCAUUCAGAAUAAAAUUAUCUGAAUGUUGGAUGCAGCUAUAGCAAUUCUGUGAUACCAAUCUACCAUCCCAUUUUGACAUUGCAUCAUGAUAUUUGGAAAGAGAUAAAAACAAUGAAAGAUCAUGAUCGAGAAGUACAGAAUGGAUAGUGUUCAUUGUCAUGGCUGCUGAAGAAACUCUCUUGAACUAUUUUUCCUCGACUUUUACACUACCAUGUCUCAAAAACAUGGUAACUGGAUUGCAACAACAUAUAGCGGCUGUACCUGAAGACAUGGUCUAUAAGAGGGAGCAGAAAAAACACAAAACUACCCACAAAAUGCGAGUAUAUAUACCUACGUAUGAAUUGUAAAUUAACGAAAGUGGCACGUUUCAUAAGAUAAAUGCAACACCAAAAACAACAUAUUUUGUUUAAUUAGAAAUAUGCGACUCACCAAACUAAAAUCUACACUUCAAAGUAAACCAAAAUUGAAAAGAGUAAAAGACUAUUAUGAAAAGUUCCACAUGUUAGUCCUUGAGCUCCAAAAGAAUUUUUCACCUGGAACAGGAACCAGGUGAAAGAUGCACAACGUCUGGUUUUUAGAUUCCAUAUUCUGGCCAAGCAUGGCGCUUACAACAGGGAGGACCUCUUGGAAUUUUGACAGAAAACAAGUUUGUACAAUGUAUACAGCACCACACAAGAAUAUAAAUUGGGCAGUGCUGACUUCUAGCAUUUGCAUGAGCAGACAAUCUUGAAUGAGGGACCGAUCAUCUAUGGAAAAACCACAUGAUUGCAGCAGUAAGCUAUACAAGUUCCGCACCUCCACCAGUAAAAAUAUCCAUCUGCAGAGUUCGACCAUUUCCAGAAGCAAGAAAGCCCACAGUAGGUAGCGAAGAAUCUGUAACCGAUUCAAUCUCAAUAAAAUUUAAGUCAAAAGCUCCACUACGCUUAAGGCUCAA